AUGGAUACAUUGAAAGAUGUCCCUGAAUUUUUUGAAACAAUACUGGAUGAGUCUUUGACCGCCAGAACGGAAAGCUUAGCUUCCUUCCGAGAACUUGGUCCUCCUGACCUUUGUCACAUCACCAAAGCCAACGCUAAGCCUGGUGUCAAGGAGGUCGGUUCUUAUCAUUACGUGUCGGGAGUCGAUGCCUCUUCUUCGGCUACCUUGGCAGCAUACCUAAAUUCGCUGACUUACGCAUUGGUAAUUAAUGAUUUGGAUCGUUGGGAAGAAACCCAUGCUUGGUUUUCCAAGUCAUCAUCCUGGAGGAUUCGUUCGGGGGUGUACUGUUGCUUCAAUGCAUUCUCACGCGUUGAUGUGCGUGUCGAAGUAAAGAUUCCCGGUGGUGUUGAAAGCUACAUAAUGGAUGCACGUGGUGAAAGACAUGAGGCAACACCGGAAAUUUGGCAGGAAACCUAUAUUUCAGCAAUCUUGCGCUCCAUACUCUACUCAGACGACGCUAACUAUAGGUUGGCCGGUUUCAGAAGAAUAGAUCCCAUCCCUAACAUAGAAGCGGAAGCGCAUUUCUUGGAAGCUGCUGAGAGCCUUUUUUUCAAAGGAUGGCAGUUGGGUUCGGAUCCAGAGAUUCAAGUCGCAACUGUUGUUAGCAACCACCUGACCGCGGGAAUCAUGAAAUAUUUUAACCCAGAGGUUGCCUCGUUACUAGCUAAAUCAUAUAUUGGAAUGGACGAAGAAAUAAAGGCAGUUAACAUCUUGUACGAUGCCUUAAAGAAGAGCCCAAUGAGCUACGCUUUGUUGCAUGUCCAAGCAGAUUUCUUAUUGUCAAAGGAUAAGAAAGAUUAUGCUUUGAAGCUUGCUAAGCAAGCGGUAAAUUGUGCUCCCUCCGAGUUCGUCACCUGGGCUAAACUGACCGAGGUGUAUAUCGAACUCGGCGAUUAUGAAUCGGCAUUAUUAACUCUGAAUUCUUGUCCGAUGUUCACAUACAACGAAAGAGAUAUGCAUCGUAUGCCAACACCAGCCAAGACACACCUUCCAGUCAAACAAGAUAUUAUUAAUGCUGGACUUUAUGAGGAAGAUAGUGGCCGAGAUAAUGAAGCUGAUGUUGCCCUUUUGCGUUUGCCCGCGCCAUCCCUUCGCGGCACCUUUUCAAAGGCUUACGCAUUGCUAACACGUUUGGUUGCCAAGAUUGGGUGGGAUGAGUUGUUAAAAUGCCGAUCAUCGGUUUUUGUGAUGGAAGAAGAAUAUCGUAUGCAGAAGGCCGCUGAAGAGGAACGGAAAAAUCAAAAGACCAUGGUUGAUGACAACUCUACAUCCAGAGAUGAAGAGAGUGCAAACGUAAAGACGAACGGCUUGAACGAUUCAUCGCGAUCUGUACCUACUGUUGCCGCAUCUAAUGAUUCUAACGAAGAUCCGGACAAAAAGGAUUCAAAACGUUCUUCGGAUAGCCGAGAAAAUAAGACACCCUCAGAAACGGUUGGUGAAGUUCCUGGGGCUGGUGUCGAAGAGGAGGCCAAUGGAAGACAAGAUGUGAAAAGUGAAGAUGAAGAAAGCGAGGUUUAUCAUUCAGCACCUGUUGACGAGCGAUCCCUUGAUUCUGACACGUUGGAAGAGGUUAAUCUUAAUGAGGAAAAAAACGAAAAAAAUGAUGUUUCUUCUCAAACUCCGGUGAUAGAGUUCAAAGGUCCCGAAUUGGAGAAACCCUUACAAGCUGCUAACGAUGAUAAGAAUGAAAGCCAAAGCAUGCAUGACGAACAAAAUAAGGACGUAAAGAAAGAAUACUCCUUUUCAUUUAAAAAUAAACGGCUUUGUGAGAGAUGGCUUGAUAAUCUUUUCAUGGUUUUAUAUGAAGAUUUAAGGGUGUAUACAGUCUGGAGGUCAGAGGUUUCUCAUUACAGGAAUCAUCAGAUGUCUUAUCGUAAAACUGGUACCGAAUGGGAGAUCUUAGGUGAUCUGGCGGCAAGGUUGCACCGUAAGGAGGACGCCAAAGAAGCUUAUAAAAAUUGUCUCGAUCAUAAAUUUUCGGCAAAGGCAUGGCUGAGACUGUUAGAAUUUAAUGCAGAAGAAAGGGAGGUUAAGAACACUUUGACAUCUGUCGUCAAAUUGGCAGUCUAUCACGAAAGAUGGUACCACGAAAUAAUUUAUCCAACAGCCAUCGCUUAUAAUCUUAACAAGCUGAUUCGGUCCGAGGGACUUUCGAAGAUACGUAAUAAUCUCAUUUCGAUGAAUCUGUCUCCUCCAGUAUCAAAGUUGUCUAAUGAAGUCGGCAAAAAAAAUGCCGUCACAAGCUGUAAUAAUACUUCGGAGGUUGUAUUGACUGAUAAAAAAAAUUUCACUUCUAAUAGGGAUAAUGCGGUUGGAUAG